CACAUCGCACACACCAGACCUCCACCUCACACACUCAGGCUGGACUAACAUCUGGACAUCAUCCAGCUGUCGUUGGCUCGUCUGUCACCCGCCGGUCCCGUUUGCUCCCGCCUGACUGCCUGUGCGGCGCCAUGAAGAUGUCAGUGUGGUUCCUGUUGGUGCUGCUGCCGUGUUUCUUCAAGCCCGGAAGCUGUGACUGCCAGGGCGACUGCGUGGCCUGUGGUCUGCUCCUGAAGCAGCAGGCCUUCAACACCAUGGUGUGCUUGCUGGAGUGCACGGGUCACAUGACCUCCUCGCUCACCUGGGAUCUUUGCAAGCUCGAAGGCACAGCGGGCGAGCUGGACGUGACGUCUCUUCACGCCGACUCUGACGGCCCGGCGCCAUCUUCGCAGGAGGCGGACCAGGACGAGCGGCGCUUCGUUCGCUUUGACUCGUCGCUGCUGGAGUCCUCGCGGGAGGAAGAGGAGGAGGAGGAAGAGGAGGAGGAGGAGGGUCAGGACGACGGGAACGUGGCGAGCGAUCGCCACCGGAGCUCGGAGACCGUCAGCUUGUACAAACGCUUCGGUGGCUUCCAGAGAGGGCGCCACAGUUACAGGAAGCUGAUUGGCUCCCCGGCGAGGCACCUACAGAAGCGCUACGGCGGCUUCAUAGGCGUCCGCAAAUCUGCCCGAAAAUGGAACAGUCAGAAACGAGUGAACCAGCUGCUCAGGCAGUAUCUUGGAAUGAGGAGCAGUCGUAACUUCUCCCCCAGCGCACGCGUCUGGCGCCACAACAAACUGUGACCUUCAAUACCUCCAAUGUUCACGUGGCAACUGUGACCUCAUCGACAUGUACAGUAUGACCUCAUCAUCAUGUACAGUAUGUCUUCAUCAACACGUACAGUAUGACCUCAUCGUCAUGUACAGUACCACCUCAUCAAAACGUACCGUAUGACCUCAUCAUCAUGUACAGUAUGUCUUCAUCAACACGUACAGUAUGACCUCAUCGUCAUGUACAGUACCACCUCAUCAACACGUACAUUACGUCUUCAUCGACACGUACAAUAUGUCAUCAUCAACACGUACAUUACGUCGUCAUCAACACGUACAUUAUGUCAUCAUCAACACGUACAAUACGUCUUAAUCAACACGUACAAUAUGUCAUUAUCAACACGUAAAUUAAGUCUUAAUCAACACGUACAAUAUGUCAUCAUCAACACGUACAAUAUGACCUCAUCAUCAUGUACAAUACCACCUCAUCAACACGUACAUUACGUCUUAAUCGACACGUACAAUACGUCUUCAUCAACACGUACAUUACGUCUUAAUCAACACGUACAAUAUGUCGUCACCAACACGUACAUUACGUCUUAAUCAACACGUACAUUAUGUCUUAAAGGGGAACAUUAUCACCAGACCUAUGUAAGCGUCAAUAUAUACCUUGAGUUUGCAGAAAAAAGACCAUAUAUUUUUUUAACCAAUUUCCGAACUCUAAAUGGGUGAAUUUUGGCGAAUUAAACGCCUUUCUAUUAUUCGCUCUCGGAGCAAUCGGGAAGCAAUCCGCCAUUUUCUCACUUUCGUCGGUGUGUUGUCGGAGGGUGUAACAACACGAACAGGGACGGAUUCAAGUUGCACCAGUGGCCCAAAGAUGCGAAAGUGGCAAGAAAUUGGACGAAAUUUGUUCAAACUACGAGGCUGCGGGGAAAGCCGACGAAAUGGUCGGUCGUUUGUUCCGCACACUUU